AAAGUUGAGCCUGAGAGGAAGACAGCACAGAAUUCAUGCUGCUGCUCAGAUGUCCAAAAGAACUGUCAUCGCAAUGUCCAUCAACUUUCGGCGCAUUCGCAAGUGCCGAUGUGUGCAGCUCUUGACCACUGGCCUAGUGCUCUGUAUGCUGAUGGUCUGCUGGGAGGACCUGGACCACCAUGUGGUCAGCCACAUGAGGUCUUACUCCUACCGCUACCUGAUAAACAGAUACGACUUCCUCAACUCAACCCUCACCAUUUCUUCCAAUCAUCGUGGCAGAGAGGAUGGCACUAGCAGCGCAAGAGACAGUCUACAAAGUUAUCGUUACCUCAUCAACCAUCCUGGGAAGUGCAGAGGGGGUCCACGGAAAGACCGGGAUGAUGUCCUCCUGCUUCUGUUUGUGAAAUCCUCACCGGAGAACUUCAAGCGGCGUCAGGCCAUCAGGAAGACGUGGGGCAACGAGAGCUUUGCCUGGUCAGAGCUGGGGGUGAGUGUGAGGCUUCUGUUCGCCAUGGGGAUCCAUCCAGAUGUUAGCCAAAGGUUCCAGAUGCAGGAUGCCCUUUGGCAGGAGGACCAGGCCUACAGAGACCUGAUCCAGCAAAACUUUUUGGACACGUUUCAUAACCUUACUGCCAAACUGAUCAUGCAGUUCCACUGGAACCAGAUGUACUGUCCUCAGGCCCGUUUUCUCAUGACAGCAGAUGAUGACAUUUUUGUACAUAUGCCGAACUUGGUGAAGUACUUGCAGCAUGCCUUGAGGAGCCAGUCAGGAGCUAAAGACCUUUGGGUGGGCCACAUACACAAAGGAGCCCCUCCUGUUCGUCGUAAAAACAGCAAAUAUUAUGUUCCUUAUGAUCUGUACCCCUGGCCUUCGUACCCGGACUACACUGCUGGAGCUGGGUAUGUGGUUUCAGAAGACGUGGCUACAAAGAUCUACCAGGCCACCCUGGUGCUGAACUCCUCCCUGUACAUCGACGAUGUCUUCAUGGGAAUGUGUGCCAAGGCCAUGGGACUCUCCCCGCAGGAGCAUGUAUACUUUUCAGGGGAGGGCAAGGCUCCAUACCACUCAUGCAUCUAUGAUCACAUGAUUACAUCACAUGGUCAUACUACUGACGUGCACUCAUUGUGGCGGGAAGCCAUAUCCUCCACAGCCUCUGGAAACUCCAGAGGGUUUCUGAGAAACAUGUACUGUACCGCAAUGAGAGUGAUAAUUCUGUGUCGGCCAUACUUCCAGAACACGUACUCCUGUGCAGCUGCUUUUACAUAAAAAAAAACUCUGGUGUGGGUUUGAUAAUGGUGAUGAACAUUUCAUGUUCUGAACAGAAACUAAUAAGGGCCUUUUGUUAUACUAUAAAGCCUGGUUUACAUGCAUGCCCCGUGGAACAAAGACCAGAACU